AUGAACAUGAGCACCACUGCCGCCGAGGGGCAACAUGGCCCAGGCAACCUCGCUAUCCUGACCAAGGUCGACAAGCUCCGAGAGCUCAUCGGCACCCGAGUCGCUCUCCCUCAGCUCGUCGUCGUUGGAGACCAGUCCUCGGGCAAGAGUUCGGUCCUCGAGGGACUGACAGGCUUCGCCUUCCCCCGUGACGCCGAGCUCUGCACUCGCUAUGCUACCCAAAUCACCUGCCGUCGCGAGGUUGAGGAGAGCAUUACUGUAUCCAUCAUGCCGAAUUUGGAUGCGCCGCCCCAGGAACAGCAGCGCGUCAAGGCCUUCCAGCGCACUCUGACCGAGAUGAGUCCCGGGAACCUGGCCAACCUGUUCAAGGAGGCGAAUGAGGCCAUGGGAAUCCGAACUUCCACGAACAUCACCUCGCUCAACGGCUCCAGCCUCCCGGCGUUCAGCGAGCAUGUUCUCAAGAUCGAGAAGCUUGGUCCCAACGAGGAGCACUUUACCGUGAUUGAUGUUCCUGGUAUCUUUCGAAAUGAGACUGACGGCAUGACCACGGAAAGCGAUAUCGACCUUGUCAUGAACAUGGUUAAGAAGUAUAUGCAAGAUUCAAGAACCAUUAUUCUGGCCAUCAUGCCCAGCAACGUUGACCCUGCCACGCAAGAGAUCCUGAAGCUGGCCAAGAGGGCUGAUCCCACCAUGACGAGAACCAUGGCUGUUCUCACCAAGCCCGAUCUGGCAAUCGAGCGGGCCACCCAGCAGAUCGCCAUCGAUCAUGUCGCGGGCAAGAGAAGCGAUCUCACCCUGGGCUACUACAUCGUCAAGAAUCGUGGUCCGGAUGACGCGAACAAAAGCCUUGAACAAGGGCAGACAGAGGAGCGAAUGUUCUUUGCCAAGACUCCUUGGUCCGUCCUGAACUCGACUGGAAAGGCCGGCAUGGACGCCCUGAAGCUGCGUGUCCGCGAGCUUCUCAUCGACCUCAUCAAGAAGGAGUUCCCCAAGCUCAAAGCCGAGAUCGUCCGAGAACUGGCAGUGGUCAGGGCCCAGUGUGACAAGAUGGGACCGGCCCGAAGCAACCCGCACGCCCAGCGAGCCUAUCUCAACAAGAUGAGCGAGGCAUUCCAGACGCUCGCCCGUAGUGCGCUCACUGCUGACUAUACGGGCGACGAAAUCUUCUCGGAACACCACAACCUGCGACUCGUCACCCGCAUUGUUGAAGCCAAUGAGGAAUUCUCUGACAAAAUGGCCGAUGACGGACAUACGCGACCGUUCGCGACCAAGCCAUACACCGUGGACAGUCCUGGGGAAGGCAGCUACUCCAGUGAUGAUGACCGAAUUGUCCGGAAAUCCUCCGAUUUUCUGAACCGGCCAGACUGGCUGUUUGACCAGUUCUACCCCGAGCUCAGCGAGAUCGUUGGUUGGAGAAAGCCGACUAAGCCUGACGCAGACAGCGAUGUAGACAUUAUGGAUUACAUCGAGGAAGUAUACUUGAGUAGCCGAGGACAGGACCUAGGGACGUUCGGAGGCGCUCUCCUGGGAACUAUGUUCAAAGAGCAGUCCAAGAAAUGGGAAUCGCUCACGCUGUCGCACAUGAGCAGGGCUAUCUACCAUGUUCAUGACUUCAUUUACUCCAUGAUCGAGGAAAUCUGCCCGGACAACAAGGUUCGAGAGGCGCUUUGGGACGACUACCUGGUCGAGGAGCUUCAAGAGGCGUACCGCCAUGCUAUGACCCACGCAAAAUUCCUGCUUGAGAUCGAGCGCGAGGGCACCCCGCUGACGCUGAACCACUACUUCAACGACAAUAUCCAGAAAAGCCAGGUCGACCGGCUGAUGGCUGCGAUUGAGAAAUUGGGCACGGUCUCCGCCCAGGCUGGCAACGCUGAGCUAGGCGUCUUCCUGAGCCGGUCCCAGCUCGGCAGCCUGUCGGCCAAUAAGGCUAACUCGGAACAUGUGCGCGAGUAUAUGCAUGACAUUCUGAAAAGCUACUACAAGGUCUCGCGCAAGCGAUUCGUCGACGUCGUCUGCCAGCAGGCCGUCAAUUAUUUCCUGUUGUCGGGGAAGAACAGCCCACUCAAAAUCUUCAGCACCGAGAUGGUGCUCGGCCUCAACGAGGAGCAGCUUGACAUGAUCGCCGCCGAGGACGAGACGGUCAAGCUCGGCCGGGAGAAGCUUCUCCGCGACAUUGAGAACUUCGAGGCUGCGCUGAAGGUGUUGAAGGGCUCGGGUUAG